AGAAAAUUUUUUUUAGUUUUGUUUUGUUAUCCCCCUCUCAAUGUCACAAUCCCCUUUGGGGAUUUUAACGGCAAACAAAAUUUAUAUAUGUUUUUGAAGAUAUUGAGUAAGUUUAUUUCUUGUUCUUCUCCCUUCUCUUUCCUUCCGGAAAAUGAAAAAAGGGAAAUGUUUGGCUGCUUCAUUUGGCUCUUUUUUUCGAGAGAAGCAAAAAUAAUAUUGAUAAUAUUUUUUUCUAAAAAAUGCCAAAAAUAAAUUUAAAGUCAAAGCAACUCUUCUACAUUAACUUGGAAAGUAACUUCACCUCUUCAAAUCCCUCUUUUCUUCCUUAAAUAACUCCUAAUCCCCCAAACAUUCUUUAAGCUAUCCCAAGUUUGUUAUUGAGGGGGAUUUGGCAAUUCUCUCUCCUUUUGGUUUUUUUGGUGUAGCGCGAGUGUGUUUGGUUUUGGGGUGGAAAGGUCGUGGGUUCGAACCCCGACGUGGAAAAUUAUUUUUAAUUGUGUCGAGAAUAUUUUUAAAAAUUCAGAAAAUAUUUUUAAAAAUUCAGGAAUUAUUUUUAAAAUAUACUUUUUUGGUGUAGUGCACGUGUGUUAGGUUUUGGGGUGGAAAGGUUGCAGGUUCGAACCCCGACGUGGGAACUUAUUUUUAAUUGGGUCGAGAAUAUUUUAAAAAAUUCAGAAAUUAAUUUUUAAAGUUUUUUUUCUCAAUAAGAAAUAUUUUAAAAUUUUAGAAUUAAUUUAAUUUUAAUUUUAAAAAUCAACUCUUCAAGUCAUGGUAGAAGGAGGAAUAACACUUGUUAAAUACCUACUCUUCUUUGCAAAUUUCAUACUAUGGGUUGUAGGCAUUUGUUUUCUCAUCUCAGGAAUUUUACUACAAAUGAAAUAUUCCGGUUUAUUAGACGUUCUAGGUGAUGAACGUUUAACUACUCCAGUUAUUUUAUUAGCUAUUGGAUGUCUUUUUACUUUAUUAGGAUUUAUUGGUUAUUGUGGGGCUAUUAGAGAGAAUUAUUGUUUAACUGUUAGUUUUGCUGUUUUAUUAGCUUUACUUUUAAUGACUGAAACGGCUAUAGCAAUUCUUGUUUAUGCUUUACAUGAACCUUUAAAUGAAGUUAUUGUUACUCAAUUGGCACAGGGAAUUGAACGUUACCCAAAAUCUAAAGGUGUAUCUCUCGCUUGGGAUCAAGUACAACGCCAAUUUUAUUGCUGUGGUGUUAACAAUGCCUCUGAUUGGAGAGGAACACCUCCAGAUUCUUGUUGCACACGCUUCCACAAUGGAUGUGCCAAAAUCGUUCAACCCCCACUCUAUGAAAUUGGAUGUGUUGAAGCUGUUCAACGUUGGAUAGUUGCUAACGCUAUGAUAUUGGGGUGCAUAAGUGCAUUUUUGGCUGCACUACAAGUUAUUGGAAUAUGCUUUGCUUGUUGUCUAUCGAAAAGCAUUUUGAAGGAAUUUAAUGAUUUUUAUUACUAAAAUUGAUUUUUUGGUGUAGUGCGAGUGUGUUUGGUUUUGGGGUGGAAAAGGUCGUGGGUUCGAACCCACUUGGGGAAAUUAAUUUUAAAAUUGGGUAGAGAAUAUUUUUAAAAAUACAGAAAAUAUUUUUUAAAAUUCGGGAAUUAUUUUUAAAUUCGGGAAUUAUUUUUAAAAUACUUUUUUUGGUGUAGUGCAAGUGUGUUUGGUUUUGGGGUGGAAAAGGUCGUGGGUUCGAACCCACUUGG